GUGGUUCGUUGUACACACACACACACACAUACCCUCUCUUUGCUGCCCCCAAGGUCCACCACUUCGUGCUCGUGCAUGUCCGCGCUAGAUAUUUCGCCGCAGGACGUCACCGGCUCCCCGUCCUCGCCUUCCAUGCCUGUGUCAUCCCCAACGGCAGUGGAUAACGCGCCCGUGUCUAACGCCGACGACGGGGCGCCGGGGCAGGCGGAGACGGACGUGGUGAAGCCGUUUUCGCUGACAGCGAGUGAGCGGCGUGGGCUGCUGAUUGUGCUUGGUGUUGCACUCUUUCAGGAGGUGCACUCCAACGUAUUUCGUGGUGUUCUCGUGGGGGCAGCGGCGGUUGCAGCGAUGUACGGCCAACGCAGCGGCGCGUGA